GUAACUGUAACCUUGUAGCCGAGAGGAAAGUUAAAACGGGUUCUCGCUCCUAAAAACACCCAGAUCCAGUUGAUAACGUUCCAGAUUGGUGCUCUAGAUUGGUGCUCUUCUGCCAGAUGAAGCAGCUCGUUCCCUUUCCAUCCUGUCGGGGUUCACAGGGUUACCUAGCGGUAAAAAGUUAGCUCCAUUAGAUUGAAAAAGGAGGCUUAGUCCUGUAUAGGAAGUCGUUUGGGGCAAGUUAGCAACGCCCCCUGUUUCUUUCUUGUUCCCAAUUCCCUCAGGAAUUACAUGAACGACAGCCUGCGGACGGAUGUCUUUCUGAGAUACCAACCGGAGACUAUUGCGUGCGCCUGUAUUUACCUUGCUGCUCGGACUCUUCAGAUUCCGCUCCCAAAUCGUCCUCACUGGUUCCUUCUCUUUGGGGCUAUCGAGGAGGAAAUUCAGGAGAUCUGCCUGAAAAUUUUAAAACUCUACACAGUGAAGAAGGUUGACCUGGCCGUUCUGGAGAGCCGCGUUGAGCAGCGGAGGCUGGCCAUGGAAGAGGAGAAAGCUCAGGCCAAAGGCCUCGUGCCGGAUGGAACUCCCCAUCUGGCAGUGUCGGGUUUUUCUCCCGUCCCCAAACCAGAAUCUCCGAAAGAUACCAAAGGCAGCGUUAAGCCUUCCCCGUUGCUCGUGCAGGUGGUCAAAAAUGCAAAGCGGAAGACCGAAGGGAUGAAGCGAUUAAGGUCCAAAAGUCCGAUUAACGGCGUUCAGAAAGCGGGCCGCGAGAGCAGGAGUCGCAGUAGAAGCCGAGAGCAGAGCUAUUCUCGAUCCACUUCGCACUCGCCUUCUCCGAAAAAGAGGAAAAGCGAAAGCUAUUCCACCUCCAGCUGCUCCAAGUCGCACAGCCGUUCGAGGAGCCGCAGCGAUUCGCCUCCCCACCAGUUCGGCCACACCGCCUCCAGUUACCAAAGUUCCAAGAUGCGAAGCUACAAGAAGGACAAGGGGUACAAGUACGCCUCUCCCAAAGCCCGGCAGUCCCGCAGCCGCAGCUCCUCGAGAUCCCGCAGCCGUUCGCGGGAACGGGAGCGCCCCGAGCACACGGGCAAGUACCGGAAGAAGAGCCACUACUGCAGGGAUCAAAGGCCCGAGCGGCACCACCCCUACGACAGGCCGAGCCAUCGCUACGAGAGAGAUCCCCCCGGCCACAGCCGACACCGGAGAUGAAGUCAGACACAGCACGGCCAAAGCUCUCCCCCACCCC